CUUCUUUUAGCUCUCCUGUUUGUUUUGGCGUCUUCUCUGGUGUUGACGGGGACGAUGGUUCUGUCAACAUCACAACAAGUCGCUUUGGCGUUUACGGCCGUGCUCUUCACGUUUGUCGUCCUGCCGAGAUUAUUCGGUGUCGGUGGAGGGACAGCGGGCAAAGAAACUAAAUUCGACUCUCGUUACAACAAAAAAGGUCCAGGCCCUGGUGCAGCGAGAGGCCAUCCCAUCAAUGUGAACGCCCCCGGCUCACAUCAAAGCCCUGAGAAUGUCCAGCAGAUAAAGAAACGCAUGGAGCAGGAGCUGAAGAGCGACAAAUACAAAUCCAACAACAACAAAGGCUACGUCUUCACACUGAUGCCUCUGUAUGCCAUUGGAGUAGGAGUGUUUGCAGCCUACAAGUUUUUGAAGAUCAAGUCUUCAGACGGCAAGGCACAGAAGAACAAACUUGCAAAAGGUGCAAAAAAGUCUGUUGAGGCAGAGAACCAGCUCAACGAGUUGGAGCAAAGACUAGCACAAACAGAAAGGAUGCUCAACUCCAUCCUCACCCAGCUGGACCCACUUACCAACUGUGUGAAGUCGGUGGCCCAGGAGCAGAAGAACGAGGUCAUGUCUCAACUCCAGACCAUUCGUUACUUGAUGAAGAAGAGAGGAAUGGACUGUCCGCCCCUGAAUGUCAAAGAGCCUUCUUGUAACCGUAAUCUGGAUGACCUCAUAGAGUCCCUCGGGGCCAAAGACGCCUCUGCAGUUGUAGACAAGCGACCUUCUGCUGAGACUGCAGAAGCUGCUGAGGACGUGUACGGCACACACUCUGAUGAUACUGAUGAUGCCAAAGCAGAAGGUGAAGAGAUGAAGGAGCACGGGCCAGAAGAUUCUGAUGAAUCAGAAGAAGCAGAAGAGGCAAACAAUGAAACAAAAGAUGGUGGAGAAAAGCCAAAGCCCCCUGAGCUCCACACUUGUUUGGAAGAGUCGAACGAGACCAAGAUUGAGGAUGUCGGUGCAGAGCAGCCUCCAACCAGCCUCAGGCGACGCAACAGGCCUGAAUGAUCUCACCACAAGGUCUUCCUCAGUUACUGAAACGUGACUGUUCAGUAGAUAUAUUUAUUAUCUGAAUGACUUCCGGGCGACGCUAUGAUUAGGAUAAGAACACUAACAGUGAAAACGAAGAGCUCUAUUUUCAUGUUUCAUCUUAAGGACAAGCGUGUGUAUGAUGGCAAGUGUUGCACUUAUUGUUCUUACUUACUGCACUUACUGUAGGAAUACCAAGUGGUCCACUCUUCCAGGCGGUGUCUCACAGGACUGUGACUGUUGAAGGCUAGCUGUC